AUGAUGGAUUCGGAUGAUGAGAACCUUUCUGUGCAUUCGGCGAUCUCCAACCCAUCUGACUUUGCCGAAGACGAGGAGGUGGACUAUUUGGCCUUGGAGCUGCUACACCACCUUCCAUCAGAGAAGGCAGAUAAGCUGAUGAAGAGUUUGAGGGCAAAGGAGAAGGCCGUGCAGGAUGGGCUGCAACGGAAGCAAAUCGACCCAGGCUACUCCUCCCCAGGCAUCCCUUUGCUGACUUUCAUUGAGCUGAAGUUCACAGUUUGUGGCAAAGCUAGAGAGGCUGCGCCCGCGAAGACGGAACCAGAGCCUGCCAAGGAAGUGCCGAAGCCAGAGGAGAAGAAGGAAGAACCCAAGCCAGAGGAACAGGCCACUGUUGCGGAGCAGGUUCAAGCCGCUGCCGAGAAGGUCAUGGAUGGGGUCGCCGAGAUGCUCGGCUACGGGGAGCAGGAAACUCCCGCCUUGGAUGUGCAGAUGGGCAUGGAUGUGACGAACGUUCGCAGUGGCAUGAGUGGAAAGGUGAUGCAGCAGACUGCAACAGAUGUGCUGGUGAAGUAUGAUGAUGGCAAGGCCGAGUGGACGCCGCUCGCAGACUUGAAGCAGCUGGACAAGCCGAGUGAUGUGACCGACGACAAGGGAGCUCCGGAGAUCAAGGUCGAAGGCGCUGGCGACACGAAGAGCAUGUGUCCCGUACUCAGCAAUGCGAUGAAACAAACGUAUGCCUCUCCGAGCAUGAACUGUUUUGCCGUUUUGCAGUUUUCGACCCUGAACAUGUGGGAAAAGGACUUGGUAGCGAGGAACCGAUCCUUGCUCAAUUCGUGUGAGGCUUUGGAUGACGAGAACCAGGCCCUGACAGAACGUUUGAAGGAGGCGGAAGAUGCAGCUGCGAAGGAACGAGGAAAGGAAGAGACGAUUCUGCGUUUGACCAGCGAGAAUCACAAGCUUGCCGAGCAGGUCCGCCGCCUGAGUGAAGGCUGCAAGCAGAUGGAGGAGGCUUUGAUGCAAACAAGGAAGGAUAUGAAACGCGCCCAAGUUUGUGUGCCUAAGCCUGUGCCGUGCCACCAUGGAGGCUCGUCACAGCUGGACGAAGAAGAGCGCCUUUACCGCGAGCUCCAGGGCGAGUCCAUGGGCGACAUGAUCCUGCAAAAGCUUCAGGAAAAGCAGGCCGAGCACAGGCUGAAGAUCCAGCAAGCAUUGCAGGCAUCGCUCGCUGAAGAGAUUGGACGAAUUGAAAGUUGGGGCAGUGACGUGAAGGGCGUGCUGCUGGCGGUGGAUGGUUUGGAGGCCCAGCUGAAGCAUCAACUGAAAGAGCCGAAGUCGAAGAAAGGAAAGCCUCAGCCUGGUGAUGGCAAGGACUCCAAGGCUUUCAACUCCGAACAUGUCUCCACUCUGUCGGCACAGCUUCUGGACGAGUUCGACUUGAUGAAGCGUUCGCUCGAGACCGUGGAGAAGGAGCAGCUGUCCUUGGAGCAGACGCUUCGAGCUGCCGAUGACAGUGCCGAGCCUGUCGCUGUGGCUUUUGAGCUGGAGGGCAGCUUGGCCAUUGCUGAGAGCGAGGCUGAGUGGUUGCGGGAGCACAAUGCCGCGUGGGUAGAGCGCUGCCAAAGUUUAAGCCUGCAGCCCAUGCUUGAUGUCCUCAUGAGGACGGACUCAGCGCUCGCUCUGCUGCUCUCCAGUGCUCCGCCCGGUCUGAUUCCUCCGACUGUCGAUGACGGAAUGAAGGAAACCCGAGCGCACAUGAGCAAGCUGAGCGAGCAGCUGCAGGUGCAGAUGUCCUCGAUAGCACAGCUGCAGGAGGAGAGCGCCGCCUUGAGCAGAACCGUGACAUCACUACAGGCUUCCCAGAAGGCACACAAGUCUGAGCUGCAGCUGAACGUCUCAGAAGCUCUGAAAAGGACCCUGGCUACCUUUGAAGAGCCUUUGGAGGGCAUAAGAGACGGCCUUCGCCAGCAGAGCCAGGUGCUGGUGAGGGCUCGUGCAGAAGUGCUUCGAGUCCUGGAGGGUGUCCAGCUGGGCAUUUGCAACGGGACUCUUUGCUUCAGGGAACGAGUACGGCCCACAAUAAAUGAGUUGUCGUGGGUUUUUCAGAAGGCACCUGGCAAAGAGGCUCCCCUCAUCAGUGCCGAGAUUCAGGACGUCAUUGUUGCGUUUUGGUUGGAGGGCCAAGGCAGACUCGACCCUCUUGAGCAGGAUUUCGUGAUGUCAGAAAUUCGUCAGGCAGACUGUCGGAAACAGCAGAACUCAGAUGUCGUUCUGCCUUCUCUCAUUGUCAAUGCCAGCUGUUGCUGUCGCAGCUAG